UGCCUCACCACUUGACUCACUGCGGGAGUGAACCUUUCUUUGUUCUUGGUCCCCACCCCACCUAGCACUUAAAAGUUGCCCACAAUCAACCCUCUUCUCUUUCAUAAUCUCUGCCCGCGCGAGUAAAUUACAUUGACCUCAUCGACUCAAUGACAACCCGCGGGUACUAGAGCUAGAAUCUUGGGGAUGACCUUCUUCUAACCGUUUCGACAAACGUGACAGACGAGCAGGUCGACACGUCAAUAUGCUCAAGAAAAAGGCGGGCUUCAAGCCCAAAGCGCCUAUUCGACGCAACGUGCCCACGACAUCCUCUCAAGACCCAGAACGAUCCGCAACUGCAGAACAAAAAUCAACGACCCCGGCCCAGGUUGCGGUUCCGGUUGCGGUUCCGGUUCCGACCAGCGACCAGUCGGCCCCAACUUCGACCCCAACUCCGUCACUUGCCCAGCCUCGGGCCCCGGAAGCCAGCCCUUCAACCCAUGAGGCCGAGUCACGACACAAAGCGCCUAUAUCUAUGUAUUCGUCGGUCUCUCCCUCUGCAGAAAUUGCCGGACCGCCGCAAUCAGAACAGGCUCCGACUGUACGAACCAUUGAACACGGCGAUGUUCGAGAACCACCAGCCCCAGAGCCCCCAAUUGAAGCGACAUCGGGUGUGGCCGAUGCUCUGCAAGUGACGACCAAAGAGGUCCAGAGCACCGAGAAGAUACCUACGCAAAGCGCCGAAGCCUCCACUCGACGGGAUGCCACAUCCGAUGCUCUCGCUCCUCCUGCCAAGGGCCCCGCAUCCGCACGUAUCGAGCCGAUCUUAGCCACGACGACUCCCCCAACUGCUGCUCCGGUGGAGUCUAACAUUGACCCGGCUUUGAGAAUUAUCGUAUCGACAGCCCCUACCCAGGCCUCAACUGCAACCACUGCCUCCUCAUCCACGCCCACUCUGCCUCCAAACCUCACAACUGCGGCAACUAGGCUAUCAAAUCCAGCUUCUAGCGUAACGACUCAACCAGGCUCAGCCCAACAGUACCGAGCUACCCAGACCGCACCACGGCCGGCGACACAGGCUGCGACCCCCCCUGCUGAAGCCAUAGCAGACCAACCACAGCCAAGCAUCGAAGCCUCGGGCGAGACGGGAGAUGGCGGGCCUUCCACAGCACCCAAGUCGAAACCAGGGAGAAAGCGCAAAUCGGCGGCCGAGGCGGCAGGUGGGGAUGCGGCUGCCGGUUCGGCGAAGAAGCGGCCAAGAAAAAAGAAAGCCGAGGGUCAGGAAGCCCAGGUUGGUGAGGGAAACCAGGCUGGUGCUCCUCGAAAGCGAGUGCAGAAGCGGAAGAUAACAACUGGGGAGGAGCAGACCGGCAACGAGGAGGGCGAAGGUGGGGAUGGUGGUCAACAGUCCGCAAAGGCCGGCCGGCACCGCUCAGUUACCCCCGAGGAUGCUGAAGCGAUAGAGAUCGACAUCCGCCAGGUUAAAAUGGGCGACUUGGUCAAAGACAUGCGAGUCGGCAAGAAGUUCAGCCGCCACGACGAGUUGCUCGAGCGUGAAAGGAUGAAACGGCAGAAGAACUAUGUGGCCAAGAGGCUGAAGGAGACUGGCCUCGAUAGCCUCAGCAACGGCGGCGACGGGGCGAGCCGAGCCGGCUCAAGCGCUGCUACCCCGGCGCCGGGCCAGAAUGAGGCAUCUGCGAUCCCCAAGGAGGGCGAAGCGGCGGGAGCUGCGGCGCCGCAGUUCCAGAUCAUCGACGGGCAGAUUGUGCUCAACUCGGACUCGCUCCAGUUCGACCGACACGCGCACGCGGCCGAGGAGGCGGGCGAGAUGGAGGAGGAAAUCGAGGACGAGUUCACGCACCACACGACGUCGUCGUCGUAUAGCAAGCGGCCGGUCAAGGGCAACAGCUGGUCGCCGGCGGAGACGGAGAAGUUCUACAUGGCGCUGCGCAUGAUCGGGGCCGACUUCCAGAUCAUCAGCCGCAUGUUCCCCGGCAAGACGCGGCGGCACAUCAAGCUCAAGUUCAACCGCGAGGAGCGCCUGCGGCCGCAGCGCAUCAACGCCGCCCUCGUCGGCACCAAGACGGUCGCCAUGGACCUGGAUGAGUACAAGAGCCACACGGGCGAGGAGUACGAGACCGUCGACGCCAUCACGGCCGAGCACCGCCGCGCCGAGGAGGAGUUCGAGGCCGAGCAGCGCCGCGUCGACGACGAGGCCGCCGACGAGGCCAGGCGCAAGCGCGAGGAGCUCUUCGCCGACAAUGGCGCCGGGGACUCGGGCAAGGGCGCCGCCGGCCAGCGCGCCAAGGGCCGCGGAGGCGGCGGCAGGAGGAAGAAGGCCCCCGUCUCCGCCGGUUUGGGCGGUUGACAAUGGUCCGAGGAGGCGAUUGUUUUAUUUUAUUUUUUGGGGGGAGGGGGUGGGGAGUAGUCUUGGGGUCAUUCCUCAAGGGAAUAUCCGUACCGAGACCAGUGUUUCGUGAGAGACCUGCGUUACUUCCUUACAUUUGCUUUUGCUGGAGGGAAAAUGGAAAAUAGAAAAUAGAAUCGGUGGCACGGAACUCACGGAGGGGAAGGGGGGUGGGUAGGUGGCAGGUCAGUUUUGCGAUGCUUUUUUCGGUGUUUAAAGGCUUUGAU